GUUAGAAGUUGUUUUGAUUUUGUUGUUAGGUGGUUCAUGUAAAAUUAUUGUCAGUUGUGGUACGCCGCAGGCGCACUAGUCUGCAAUAUUUUGAUAUAAGAAAAAUUAUUUGUUACUGUUUAUCGUUAAUCAUUUAAUAAUUAUGAGGAGGUGUUUAUUCUGAAAUGCAGAUAUGCUUGCAGCACAGUUUUUGAACGUAGUUUUAGAGGAGAAUGAUAAAACCGAAGGAGAACAUUCAGAUGAGCUCCAUGAGAAUAACAAUAAUAUCAAUAUCAACUAUAUUCUUAGUCAGCUUGACAUCAAAUCUCAGCUGGCUAAGAUCCUUAUGUCGGAGUGUAUAAUUGAACCUUCAAAAAUUGCUCAAAAACGGGAAAAGCCAGUGCUGAGUUUUGAAGCUAAUGUCACUCCUAUUUAUGAAACUCCUGCAAAGAAAACAAAGACAAAUAAUGAGCAGUUUGCCUUGAAUGCUGUCGAGGCUGUAUAUUCCGAUGGUGAAGAAGAUGGUGACUCGCAAGCAGUUCCAUGUCCAGUGUGCAACCGGUCUUUCAGCAGAAACUGCUCUCUGGCCUUACAUCUGAAAAGCCAUGAUCCAUUAGAAGAUGCCAGUAAGAGAUUUCAAUGUCAGCUGUGUCCAAGGAGUUACUCACAGAAAUCUGUCCUAAAGAAACAUCUGGCAGUACAUACUGGUGAACGAGAGCGUUGCGCUAUUUGUGGUGCUGGUUUUAGUCAACGAUCUUCUUUGGUGCGACAUGCAAAGCGCAUUCAUGGAGGCUUAUUAAAUAGCCAGCAGGGUACUCAGCAACCUGCUACAGUUCAUCUACAACCAGUAGCCCAACAUGCAUCAAUCAGCACCCAAACAUCUAAUAGUUGUGUUUUAUUGUUGCCUAAUAAUGGGCAACUAUUAGUCAACAACGUCCAUCCCCCUCUUUCGUUGAAACCUUCACUUCCAUCAUCAACUACUUUUAAUGUUGUUCAACCUAGUUCUUCUGUUUUACAGGAGGAUCAAGCUAAGGUUAAUAAUAAUGUACACCAUGUUGGGGUUCCAUGAUAUAUACUCUUAUUCCCUUCUUCCAUUUCCAAAGGCCCUAUUGCUCCUAAGUAUUCAUACACUCCUCUGACACUCAAUCGCACAUCGCGACCUUAAAUAUUCUUGUUAGGUCACUGCACAUUUCAAUGUAUAGUAUAGACUGUAAUAUUAUUUUAUUAAAUGAGGUGACGGUUUGGGUGGGUGGUUAAGAUUAUUCCAUAUAUUUCAUGUGUAUCUCCAAAAAUAAGGCAUAAUCAGAGAUACUGGAAUUAAAGGAGUCAAUCGUUGCAGCAUAGUUAUAAAGAUUAAUUAAAUAUUUUAAAAAUAAAUUAAUUAAUAAGAGAGAAGAAAAUCAAUCGCACUGAUUUCCAAAUAUAAAAACGUUUUAAGUGUUUUAUUUUAUUCUUAAUGUUGAUGCAUUUACAUUUGCAUAAAUAAUUCUUGAGUCAUAUGAAUGUAAUGAUUCAUAAAAAUGUAACUGAAUUCAUUUUGCAUACUCUUUAUUUAUUUUUAUAUUCUAAUUUCG